AUGACAAAGUGUAAUUACGAAUGCGCUACAGAAGAGACAGCGCCGGAUGUGUUAGAAUUUGUUGGUCCCGUUAAAAUUAUUUUAGUUGAUCAAACCAAAACCGCUUACGCAUGUAAAACGUGUUACGCUGCUAUGAUAGUCAUGGCCCAAAUGUUAAUGGCCACCUCUACAAUUAUAGUGAUGCUUUUCUCAUUGAGUUACAAGAAGAGCACUUGCUAUAAAGCUUUGCAUAUAUUUCUGUGUACUGUUGGGCUUCAAACUAUCAUACCGUCAGGAAUUUUGAGUCUUAAUAAAUCAAAUGGUUCUUCAGCGCCAAUGAAACAAUCAGAUCGUAAAUUUGAACAUAUUUUCAUGCAGUGCUUUGGGUCUUCAUGUGCAAUAUCUGGAGCAAUCGCAACAUAUUUUGCCAGUUUUCCAUAUAUUUUUACUCUACAUUCUUAUUUCGGUUUGGCAGCAACAGGUUUUGCAAUUUUAUGCCCCUGUACUGGAUUGUGGAUUUGUUGGUUCAGCAGUAAACCAAGCCCCCAUAAAGAAUAUGAAAGAUACCGACGCCUUAUAUACAAUAUUCAUAAAUUAUUUGGCGUUUUGACAGUUUUACUAUCUUCCGUAUGUUUCGUUAGUGGAUUAAUAAAAUCUCCUUUCUUAAAGUGGCUUCCGUUAGACGAAAUGUUUUAUUUAACGACCAUGUUUUGUGUUUUCUAUACACUUGUAAUUAUAUAUAAACCAUUAAAA